UGUGUGGCGCGUUUGUCCGUGUUGCAUGCUUGAUAUGUUUAGUCGUUGCCUGUUAUGCAGACACUUUAUCAUUAUUAUCAUCAUGUGGGAAGUUGUCGACGGAGGGAUGUUAUUUGAAAAAGUCGGGGAGCUUUGUGCUUAAACGUCAAUGGUCCGAUGCUGUGAUGACAAUUUUUGGUUGGAAGGUUCACAACAAAUUAAAAGUGGAAACGGUUCAGAAGAGAUUAAGAGAGAUAAGGAUAAUUGGACCUGUUCUCUGUGAGAACUUGGAUGUAGGCGGCAUUACCAUCAAAGACCGUCGAAACCAAGUAAUAUGUACUUCUACGCCUGCUCAGUCAUCAUCCACUACACCUGCUUCAUCCUCUCCACCUGUUUCUGAGGGAGUGGAUAGCUCUACGCUCGAGACUUCUACACCUGCUCAGUCAUUAUCCACUACACCUGCUUCUUCGUCUACUUCUUCGUUGUCAUCCUCUCCAUCUACUUCUUCGUUACCUGUACCACUGACUACUACCCCACUGUCUUCUCUACUUGUCUCAUCUACCUCUCCAUCUUUGUUGCAGUCUACCUCGAACCCUGUGUCUACCUCAUCACCUUCCUCAUUAUCUACCCUCCAACCUUCAUCAACAUUCCGGGCAACUUCUCAGUCACAAGCUGUAGAUACCUCUGCUGAUAAGACUGAUGACAUGACGACUGAGCAGACACUGACAACAACAACAUCAUCUUCAUUAAUAUGGCCAUGGAUACUGUCCUCUUCAAUAAUUAUUAUUGGAAUAUGCUGUUUAUUCUGUAUGUGUAGAAAAAAGCGUAGAGAUACAGAUCAGAUCCGUGACCUUGAAAUGCAAACUGUAUCUUCUAUGGUUGAUGAUGAUGCAAGAAACAUAUCAACAGAAAACGCACAAACUUCUGCCGGGCUUGUCAACAUAUCUCAAGUUUUAGGUCACGAAGUGAUGAGAUCAUCUUCAGAAAACAGUCUUUUCGAUUCUGUUCCAUAUCGAAGAUCUCAGAAAGAAAAAUCAAGCUAAAUUUUAUAUUUUUAUCUUUGUUCCAUAUCGAAGAUCUCAGAAAGAAAAAUCAAGCUAAAUUUUAUAUUUUUUAUCUUUGUUCCAUAUCGAAGAUCUCAGAAAGAAAAAUCAAGCUAAAUUUUAUAUUUUUAUCUUUGUGAUAAUUUUAGUUAGAGAAAAUAAAUAUACUGCAUAUCCUUAUAUAUCUGAAGAAAAGUAAACAUUCUUGUGCUUGUCACAUUCCGUGCUGAUAUUUUAGCAUAGUUGUUUUGGUGUUUAAAUUUCAAGCUGUUUCGUGCUUUUUUAUAUAUUCAUAAUUAUUUUAACAGCAAUUUUCAGACACAUUGUUUUAAAUUAUGUCCGCUUUUCCUUUCUGUCUUGUCUAAAAUGUUAAAA